AUGGAGGAGGCUAACCUGGAGAUCGCUCAGCUGCAGGGCCUGGUGGCUGAGCUGCGUGAGGGGCUCCAUGUUGCCUUGACAGAGCUGGGCGAGCUGCGUCACAGGGACCACGGCCUGGAGGAGAAGCUCCAGGCACAUCAGACUGACGUGGAUGAUAAGAUAAUGGGCCUCAAGAAUUCGCUCAACACUUUCAAGGAGGAGCUGAAUGUGGCGUUGUUCCACAUUAAGGACGUGUCCAACAGACAGAGAGAGGUUCAGAAGAGGAUAGAAAUAUUGCAGUCUGAAAACAGCAAGGAUGCCAUCUCUGUUCCGCACAGUUCUGUGCGUGCAGAUAAGAGACAGAGAGCGGCUCUGGAGCUCCUGGAGUCAGAGAGAGUUUACGUCUCCCACUUGUCUCUGUUACUGAAGGCCAACAUCUCCUUCAACGGCUCAGAGGCGCUCACCACCAAAGACAAACGUCCAUUCCCUAGCUCUCUGAGGUUUCUGAUCCAGCAGCAUCUCGAGCUCCUCCACACUCUCCAGGACCGUGUGCUCAAGUGCCAGUGGCAAGGCAUCAUGGGGGAUGUGUUUAUGAGGCUCACCAGCAAAGAGAGUGAUUUCUUGGACUUUUACGUGUCGUACCUGAAGGAGCUCCCAGACUGUUUGUCGGUCGUCACCAUGCUCGCCUCCAGCUCCGUGAAGUCUUCUGCCCUAAUGGAGAGUGACAUAAUGGGUGACGAAUCCAAACCCUCCCUCCACACUCUGCUCCUUCAGCCGGUUCAGAGGAUCCCUGAGUACCUGCUGCUGCUACAGGGGCUGCUGAGGCAAACAGAUGCAGAGCACCCAGACUACUACCUGCUGCUGGUGAGCAUCCAGCAGUUCAGGUCCUUCACAGCUCAGUACCACCACCUCCUCCAGCACAACCAGGAGCUUCUGCUGCACAACCGCAAGGAGGUGAAGAGGUCUACCAUGAAACAGCUGUUAAAGACAGUAGAAAGUGGAAUUCAAGCUAACAACAUUGGCUCACCGUACCCUUGCAGCAGUGCAGCCAUGCUGGAACGUGCAAACCAGGUGAAACGCAACAAACAGCAUCUCCUGGAGCAGAUCCAGUCUCACCGUUUCCAGGAUUGGAAUCGGGACCGGGAUCCCGAAACUCACUGUUAUGACACUGAGUGGCCUUCCCAGCUCCCGUUCUUCAGCCCUGACCUGGACUCACGGAACCACAAGCCAACAGGUCUUGGCAGUAUCCCAGAGAGUGAGGCAUCUGAGAGGUCCCUGUCGUGCCAGCAUCAUCUUCCCUCCAGACCUUCAGACUUCCGUCAGGUUCAACCGGGCUCUGCUCUGGCCGAUGCUCUCGGAGAGUUCCUUCUCCCUCCAGACCCCCCAGGGAUGGAGAGCCUCUAUGAAGAGGAUGGAGGCUCCCUUCAUGAUGUCUUCGACCACUGCUCGUCCGGCUCUUCAGAUUCCUCUAUUGACAUUGCCUUCGUGAAGUGCCCCAAAGGCCCCUCAGCAUCGCAUCACGCAAUGGCAGCGAAUGUGUCGACAACCCGUGAUGUCUUUGGCAACGGUGGAAGCCACGGCAACGGUUAUAGCAAACUGCCCAACCGAGGAUGCGUGUCUCCGGAUGAAGCUGUAAUGAUGCGCCGCAACCUGCAUCGCCCCCUUCAGGCCAGCCAGCGUAAGAGCAAGUCGCUGAACGGCCUGCAGAUGGACAACACAGUGAGUAGUCUGGACGGUGGACAUCUAUCAGACCCCCUCCAAAGAGUGGGACUGGGCAGCCAUGCAAAGCUGGAGCGCCAGGGCAGCAAGGGCAGCAAAGGGUGUCCAACUCCAUCUCGUAUGGUCCACAGCCCCCUGGGAAACAGACUGGAUACAGACAAACAGAGCAACGAUCUUCACGGGCUGCUCUGCAUGCAGGACUCCGGGGUCCAGUCAUGGGGGGACGAAUCAAAGUGGAGGGGUGGGAUAGAGGAGAAUAACCACACGCCCUUCAGUGAGAGGAGUCGGAAGCAGGAUAAAGGAGGCUUCAGGAGCUCAUUCAAGAAACUCUUCAAGAAAAAGUGA